AUGGGAGGCAUUUUGAAAAACCCGCUGACCAGCAAAGAAGAAGCUCGCGAGAAGGAACCGGAGUCGAUUAGCGAGUUCAGAAAACAGGUCUACAAGAACACGCAGCUGAACGCUAAGCUUACAGCACAUGAAAAUGGCGAAAGCAUAGCCGCGGGAGCUGCAAGGAAACACGUUUUGCCGCGAGACACACUGAGUCUCAAACACGACAGUCAGCAUGUGACUGCGGGUGAAGAGGAACGGUUGCAGUGGAAUCAGCGGAAUCUGGAUGCCAACGAAGUCGCAAAGCAACAGUUCCAGGAUAUCCACAUCGAUGAACCCAAGACGCCGUAUCAGGGUGCUGUCGAUCCGAGUGGCGAAUACUACGCAUUGGACGAGGACGACGAUCUCGAUCAGCUGUCGCUGGGAGAGCCAGAAGUGGAACUGGCGAACGCGAGGGAAAACGAGAUGCCCGUCGUAGAGACUGCAUCCGAGAACGAGACUGCACCGGAGAACGGCACUGCUCCUGAUGACGUCGCACUCAAGCACAAGCGGUUCGAAGAAAUGCGCAAAAAACACUACAACGUUGGCGGUGCUCUGAAAGACAGGCUGCGUGCCGGAAUUGAGGGAGCAGAAGAGGAAGAAGAAGAGGAAGAAGAAGAGGAAGGCAGCGACGGUGACAACUGA